AUGGAGAUGGACAAUGUAGGUCAACAAAGAAUGUUGCAAUUACAAGAGCUGGAGGGAAUUCGUAAUGAUGCUUAUGAGAUCUCUAAGAUUUACAAAGAAAAGACCAAAGCCAUUCAUGUUCGAAAUAGAAUUAUUCAAAAAAUGUUUGAUUCGAGACAGAAAGUAUUAUUGUAUCAUUAUCAUCUUAAACGCUUUUCGGGUAAGUUGAAGUCUCGAUGGGUUGGGCCAUUCAUAGUGGUACAUCAUUAUCCUCGUGGAGCAGUAGAAAUUUCAAGUCCAUCAACAGGAAAAAUACUCACGGUAAAUGGCCAGAGAUUGAAGCCUUAUUAUGAGUCUUUCGAGGAGGAGCAAGCUAUUGCGAUUCACCUCUUCGAUCUAGAAUAUGUUGAUGAGAACCGUGAAAAUCGAAAGAAAAAAAUUGAAAAUUAG